AAAUAACAGCAGCAAGAGCAGAACCAGGGUUUUAGGCUGUUUGGCGGCUCUAUUCAAUCUUGUCUUAGGGUUUUAGCUUCAACUCCUCACUCUGGUUUCUCCCUCCCCAAUUGAUACAAAAUUAGGGUUUCCAAUUCUGCAAAUAUCAUAGCAGAUCUUGAUUACGAUGAAGGUGAAAGUAAUAUCUCGAUCCGCAGAUGAAUUCACUAAAGAACGAAGCCAAGACCUCCAGAGGGUAUUCCGUAACUUCGACCCCAGCAUCCGAACCCAAGAGAAAGCCGUCGAGUAUGUCCGGGCACAAAACGCUGCAAAAUUAGAUAAGAUAUUCGCGAGGCCGUUUGUUGGAGCAAUGGAGGGACAUAUAGAUUCCAUUUCCUGCAUGGCAAAGAAUCCAAACCACUUGAUAGGAAUAUUUUCUGGUUCAAUGGAUGGAGAAAUUCGGCUUUGGGAUCUAGCUUCCAGGCGAACAGUUUGUCGGUUUCCUGGUCAUAAAGGUGCUGUCCAAGGUUUAACAGUAUCUACAGAUGGGCGUGUUCUUGUGUCUUGUGGAACUGAUAGCACUGUUAGGCUUUGGAGUGUACCUGUUUCUAAUCUCCUGGAGGAAGAUGCCUCAUCCGAUAAGUCUGCUCAGCCACGGGAAACUUAUGUUUGGAAGAAUGCGUUCCGGUCUGUUGAUCACCAGUGGAAUUCUGAUCGGUUUGCUACGGGGGGAGCUGGAGUAGAUAUAUGGAACCACAACAGGUCUGCACCAGAGCAGAGUUACCAAUGGGGCACAGACACAGUUGUAUCUGUUCGAUUUAAUCCUGGGGAGCCCGAUAUCUUGGCAACAUCUGCAAGUGACCGCAGCAUAGCACUAUAUGACUUGCGCAUGGGAAAACCAACAUCAAAGUUUAUAAUGAGGACAAGAACCAAUUCCAUUUGUUGGAACCCAAUGGAGCCAAUCAACUUCACUGCUGCAAACGAAGACUCCAACUGCUAUAGCUUUGAUUGUAGAAAGUUUGGUGAAGCUACGUGUGUUCACAUGGAUCAUGUUUCUGCUGUGAUGGAUAUUGAUUAUUCUCCAACUGGUCGAGAAUUUGUCACUGGGUCUUAUGAUAGAACUAUCAUGAUUUUCCCGUAUAAUGCUGGUCACAAACGGGAGAUUUAUCAUACGAAGAGAAUGCAAAGGGUGUUUUGUGUCAAGUACAGCUGCGAUGGUAGUUAUGUUAUUUCUGGGAGUGAUGAUACUAAUCUUAGGCUUUGGAAGUCUAAAGCAUCAGAACAAUUGGGAGUUCUUCUUCCAAGGGAACAGAAAAAGCACGAGUAUCAUGAGGCGGUCAAAAACCGCUACAAGCACCUUCCUGAAAUCAAGCGUAUUGUGAGGCAUAGGCACCUACCGAAACCAAUAUACAAGGCAGGUAAGCAAAUUCGUGAACAAAAUGAAUCUCAGAGAAAGAAGCAAGAGAAGAGGAAGGCGCACAGUGCCCCAGGAAGCAUAGUUGAAGAGCCAUUACGGAAAAGAAAAAUCAUCAAAGUCGAGUGAACAGUACGUGCAGGUUAAUGUUGGCAAUUCGCUUCUGCAUAUUCAUGUUACGCGAGGCUGUGAGCUCUAUACCGGUGCCUUCACAGAGCGAUUUCCCAAUCAGCAAUCCUCACCAUGGACGUGGUGCGGUGUCUAUAGAGGCUUUACCGGACUUUAGUUUAUAGAGGUUGGUUCUAGUAACUCUUUAAGUCAAUGUAGUCCAAUUCAAAUUCAAAGAGGAAUUUUUGGUUCGUGGCCCUUUGAAAUCUUCCGUGUUUCGGAAUAUUUUGUAUCAACAGUUAUAUUUUGAACUGAAAUGAAAUGGAGUCAUAUAGUUUGGUUAGUUGAA